AUGAUCUCUCAGGUUUUUGUGCUGGCUACCUUGGCAGUGGCUGCUUUCGCUAGUCUGCAUCACGAACCCAUUCACCAUCCCCAGCCUUUCAAGUUCGGCUACAGCGUGAAGGACAAGCACGGCGAGCAACAUCGUGAAGAAGUUGGCGAUGGCAAGAACGUCAAGGGAAGCUACGGAUUCACCGAUGCCAGGGGAAUCCACCGCCAAGUCAAUUAUGUUGCCGAUCAUGCUGGUUUCAGGGCACAAGUCAAGACUAACGAACCGGGAACAGCCAACCAAAAUCCCGCAGCCGUCCAAAUAAUCUCCAACGCUCCAUAUGGACACGGAGGAUAUGCUGAUGCUCCCGUACUCGGAUAUGCCGGAGUUGGGGGGGAAGGAUAUGGAUAUGCUGGAGUUGGAGGAGUAGGAUAUGGAUAUGCUGGUCUUGGACCUAACGGAUUGGGAUAUGGAUAUGUUGGAGUUGGAGUAGCCGGAGUAGGAAAUGGAAAUGGAGGCAUUGGUCCAUAUGGGGAUCUUGGUUUUCGGGGCAACGAAGUUCUUGCUGGCUUUUAG